GCGUGAGACUCGUGAUCCUUCCGCCGCUCUCCUUCAUUGACUCGGGGAAAAAAAAAAUCCCCGAGGAAAAUAGAAUAUUCAAAGUACUUAGUUUCAUUCAACUGUUUGCUCUUUCCUUUCACGGGAUAUAUAUAUGUAAUAUAUAUAUAUAUAUAUACAUCUAUUUUUAAAGGACCCUUCCCCUUUGCCCUUUUACUCCCCUCUCAGCAAAGGGAGGUGAAAGAAUUGUGUUCCCCCCCUUCCUCCCCCCCCCCGUCCCAAAUCAUCUAUAUGUUAAAUAUCCGUACCUAUCUGUCUCGAAGGAGAAAUACAACCCUCUGCUUUUUUCGAAAAGAACAAUAUAGCUAUUACAAAAGCCAAGAGGACGAAGUCUUUUUUGUUUGCCUUUUUCUUUUUUCUUCUGGUGGGAGAAACUUAAUGCUGCAUCUAUCAUUAACCUAACGCUCCCACAUAAAACAAAAGGAAGAAAAAGGAGGAAGGAAGGAAAAAGGUGAUUGGGAAGAGCAAUCAUGUCAGGGCGGCCCAGAACCACCUCCUUUGCGGAGAGCUGCAAGCCAGUGCAGCAGCCUUCAGCUUUUGGCAGCAUGAAAGUUAGCAGAGAUAAGGAUGGCAGCAAGGUGACCACAGUGGUGGCAACUCCUGGGCAGGGUCCAGACAGGCCACAAGAAGUCAGCUAUACAGACACUAAAGUGAUUGGAAAUGGAUCAUUUGGUGUAGUAUAUCAAGCCAAACUCUGUGAUUCAGGAGAACUGGUUGCCAUCAAGAAAGUAUUGCAGGACAAGAGAUUUAAGAAUCGAGAGCUCCAAAUCAUGAGAAAGCUAGAUCACUGUAACAUAGUCCGAUUGCGUUAUUUCUUCUACUCAAGUGGUGAGAAGAAAGAUGAAGUCUACCUUAACUUGGUGCUGGACUAUGUUCCGGAAACAGUAUACAGAGUUGCUAGACACUAUAGUCGAGCCAAACAGACACUCCCUGUGAUCUAUGUCAAGUUGUAUAUGUAUCAGCUGUUCAGAAGUUUAGCCUAUAUCCAUUCCUUUGGAAUCUGCCAUCGGGAUAUUAAACCACAAAACCUCUUGUUGGAUCCUGAUACAGCUGUCUUAAAACUCUGUGACUUUGGAAGUGCAAAGCAGCUGGUCCGAGGAGAACCCAAUGUUUCAUAUAUCUGUUCUCGGUACUAUAGGGCACCAGAGUUGAUCUUUGGAGCCACUGAUUAUACCUCUAGUAUAGAUGUAUGGUCUGCGGGCUGUGUAUUGGCCGAGCUAUUGCUAGGACAACCAAUAUUUCCAGGAGAUAGUGGUGUGGAUCAGUUGGUGGAAAUAAUCAAGGUCCUAGGAACACCAACAAGGGAGCAAAUUCGAGAAAUGAAUCCAAACUACACAGAAUUCAAAUUCCCUCAAAUUAAGGCACAUCCUUGGACAAAGGUCUUCCGGCCCCGAACUCCACCAGAGGCAAUUGCACUAUGUAGCCGUCUCCUGGAGUAUACUCCAACUGCCCGACUAACACCACUAGAAGCUUGUGCACAUUCAUUUUUUGAUGAAUUACGGGACCCAAAUGUCAAACUACCAAAUGGGCGAGACACACCUGCACUCUUCAACUUCACCACCCAAGAACUGUCAAGUAAUCCACCUCUGGCUACUGUCCUUAUUCCUCCUCAUGCUCGGAUUCAAGCAGCUGCUUCAACCCCUACAAAUGCCACAGCAGCCUCAGAUGCUAAUGCUGGAGACCGUGGACAGACCAAUAAUGCCGCUUCUGCAUCAGCUUCCAACUCCACCUGAACAGUCCCAAGUAGCCAGCUGCACAGGAAAAACCACCAGUUACUUGAGUGUCACUCAGCAACACUGGUCACGUUUGGAAAGAAAAUUAAAAAGAGAAAAAAAAAAAAAACUUGUUCAUUUUAGUGUUCAAUUUUUUUUAUUAUUGUUCUUAUUUAACCUUGUAAAAUACCUAUAAAUACAAACCAAUUUCAUUGUAUUCUCACUUUGCAGGAGAUCCAGGGGGCGGAAGGGCUGCUGGGAGGGGAAAUCGGAGCACUAGAACACACAAUCUCUCUCCCGUGACAAUCUUUUUUUUUUUUUUUUUUUUUUUUUUUUGUCAAAAGUCUGCUGUUGUGUAUUUAAAAACAGGGCUCCUGCCUCAUGCCCCUUCCAUAAAAGAAGAAAACCUUGUUCUGUGCUGAAGUUUUCUUGAACUUUAUUUUCUCUUGAAGUCUAGCAUAAGACUUUGGUAUAGUGCACAACUUGAAAUUGGUUGGGAGCUUAGCAGGUAUAACUCAACAGGGACUUAAAUGUCACUUGUAAAAUUAAUGCAUAUUCUUGGUAUUUGAGGACUUGCCUUUGGCAUAUGAUGGCAGGUGUGGCAGGCAGACAAAAAUAAAAAACAAAAAAGGAUACAUGUAUCUUUUGUAACCCAGGGAGGUUAAUAAAGUUUGUAACUACAAGAGAAGUUUGUAAGUUGAUUGGUUAAGGUUUGUUUACAUGUUCGCAGAACUCUGCAAGUGGAUCUUUGUUUGCCUGACCAAAGGCUCUCUGCAAGUCAUACAGUUUUAAACUGGUUCCCUAGGAAGAGAUUGGAGAGUAUUGAGCAAGCCAUCUGCAUGCAAGGCCAGAGUCUGACAGGCCUAGGGGAGGGGCCAGGCCAGGGGCAGAUCUCACCACUGUGAACGAAUUUGUCCAGAGCUUUGUCUAAAGUUACUUCCCGUGGAGAGAUACACUUGAGAAGAGGACAUUAUAGAUAAAUAAUGUGAACUGUAACAGUCUACUGCUUUAUUUUUUCGUUUUUUGAAUUGAAAAUCAAGUUUGCGGGAAUCGCCACAUUCUACUAUAGUUUUAAUUUUAAAUCCAAAUCUAGAAUCUAUUUAAUUUCAGCUUUUUUUAAACUCAUGCUUUUUAAAUUUAUUUAUUGAUGCAUGUCAGAUAGGCCAUGAUUUUAGAUGGUAGGAAUAUUAAAAAGUACACAGCAAAAUAAUAAACAGUCACCUGUACCUGCUGACUUUAUAGGAAAACUAAUUCUAUAAAUGUGUGUAUAUGUUAUAUAUACAUAUUCAAUACUGCCUUUUUAUUUCUGUCUACAAUAUCAAAGUUGACUGGUUGAAGCAUGAGAAGAAUGUUUCCCCCACACCCAGUUCAGAGUUUUUGUUUCUGUUUUCUUUGUUAAUCAGUGAAUGGUGUAAGAAUCAGUCUCUUGUUUUUGAAGAAAAAGCAAUAUUCCUUGGAAAGCAAGGAGGAUUGAAGGAUUAUGUUUGCAGUGAGGAAAUAGAUUUUCAUAACUAGUUUUUUUUUUUAAAUACUUUUAAGGUUGGUAUUUUCAUGGGCCUUAUAUACUCUAAAAGAACCUUAGUCACCUUGGUGCUUAUGGGCCAUUACUUGACCUAUGAAUCUUUAAGGCACAAUCAGUUAGAUCUUACUUUUAAAGAUCACUUGAGUGAUGGCCGCCUUUCCUUCCCACCCAGUCCUUCCCCGCUGGGAUUAACUGUAGGGCUUCAGAGCUGAGCCCUAGGUUGUGUGUAGCCUCCUUUCACCCUUCUUAUUGCCAUCUUAGGUCAUAGUAGGGGUCUCGUCCUCUGGGUGGUUAGGAAGUGCAGUCUCCUGGCAGCCCUCACACAGGCCCCAACACCCUAUCCUGCUUAACCAUUUGUGUGACUCCUCAAGAGUCAUACUGCCUGCUGAUACCCAGAAGGACAACUGUGAGCCAUCUUAAUUUUCACUCACUGUUUCGCUAAGCUCUUUGGGUCACAAAAGAGGUUUCUCAAACCUCUAGUUAUAUCAGAGUUCAUGAGAAGGGAAACUUCAGUCAAACCAAAUCCAACUGAACUUUCCUUUUUAUAAAAAGUGCUUCUGAGAGUUAAUUAAGAUUUGAAAUAAAAAAAAAAAAUUACUUAGCAGCAGGGGAUGACCUGGUAGACCAUUUUCAGAAAGGAUUUAUAAAGAAUCUGAACAGGCAGGUCCAUGACAGAAAUGGACCAGCUUUCAGAUCAAACUGCCCAGCCAGAUGUUUGGGUACAAACACUAAGCUGGACUCGGGGCACUUGCUAGAGUCCAGUAAGAUCAAUGCUUGUAAGAGAAUAUUUUCCCCCUACAAAUGGGAGGAAGAGAAGAGGAGAGGAAAGUCAGAUGCUUUUCUCUCAGUGUGCGUGUUUGGGUGUGUUUGCACGUGUGUGUGUGCAUUCACAUGCAUGUGUGAGGGCAGAGGUGCACGAUUUUUCUUUCUCAAGGAUCAUGGCAGGAUCAUAGAACUCUUUUAUACAAGUGAGAUCCAGGUCUCUGAAUAUCUGUGUAAAUAAUAAUAAUAAUAAUAAUAAUAAUUAAAAGCUCCUCACCAAAUUCAAGCUUGUACAUUAUAUUUUCUUUCAAUGUUUUUAAAUUUAAGUUUUAUUGUUUUGUAUGUAAAUAUAUGGACCCAGGAACUGUUAUUAAUGAGCAAAAAGUUACUGUUCAGGGCAGUGAUUCUGUUUAAUAAUCAGACAAAAUGUAGACGAGCUUUUUAAAGCCAUAUAGUUUUAACUCUGUACAGUAGGUACCGGCCUGUAUUAUUGUAACAAUAACUCUAGCAAUGUAUAGUGUAUCUAUAUAGUUUGGAGUGCCUUCGCUUCCAUGUGUUUAGUUUUUUGUUUUGUUCUCUUUUUUUUAAAGUUUUAAUUGAUCUCCUUUAUCCAUGUCACACUGUCCAUCUCUUUUCCCUUUGAGAUAACAAUAUCUACCCCUCCAGAUAAGUUUCAGUGACAGCAUGCUCAGGAGUGGGAAGAGGAAAACAUGUUUGUAAUCUCAUUUCAUUCAAGCCUGGCCUUUGUUUUGGUUUCACUUUGUGCACAGUCCAUUCAGGGACUCAGUAUAGCACAGGAAGCUCUAGAGCUGGAGGAUAUAGAAUAGAUUACAUCAUACGCAUCUGUUCCACAAACCCCAGCCCUGGGUCUUAGUAACAACAGAUUCUAAGAGCCUUCUGUGCUGGCUCUCUCCUUAUGUACUUCCUUCCCAAAUGAGAGCAAGGGAGAAAAAAAGUGGGUUUUGUUUUUGUCUUCUUGUUUUUGUACAAAUCAAGGUGUUUUAGUAGUACUGUGUUUUGUUCCAUCAGUGAUGUACAUGCCUUCGUUGGCAGUUACUGGCGCCAUGCUGAUGGAGGGUCAUUGUCUAACAAGGGAACUCUCCACCCAAUCCUGCCACCUUUACCCCUGCUCCAUGAAAUGUCUUUUCAUUUCUUUCUUAAGAAAGUUUCAUUCUUAUUGUGUGCCCAAAAUGAAGGCCUUUUUUACUUUUAAGAAAAAUAGUAUUGUUUUGCCUCCAACUACUCCACAUAUGAUGUCUUGAAUAGAAAAGAAAAAAAAAAAAGACCAAAGGUUGCUAUUUUUAAAACAUCAUGUGUUUGUUCCAGCAAGGCAGAAGACUGCACCUUCUUUCCAAUGACAUGCGUCAUUUUUUAAAAAGUCCUCUUAAUUUUUAGAGUCAUCCCUUUGGUUUGUGUUUUAAUAAAGGUAUGCCUAGCCAGCCAUCUUGUCUGCACCAAUGCAAAGGUUUCUGAGAGGAUUAUUCAUUCUCUAACCCUGUGGAUAUAAAGACACUGGCAUUUUAUUUUUCCUUUUCAAUGAAUUUGGAGUCUUCCAAAGGAAGUUUGGCCAAUGCCAGAUCCCCAGGAGUUUGGGGGUUUUGUUUUUUUUUUUUUUUUUUUAAUCAGAAUUGUAUCUGAUUCCUAUUCAUGUUAGUGAUCAUUGUCAUCACAGAGACUAACAUUUUUCUCCCCUAUAUGAAAGAACAAGCAUGCUUUACAAUGUAAUCUGUCUUUUCUGGUAGAAAUCUGAGCCACUGAAAAUAAGAGAAACAACUAGAAGCAAAGUAGAGUCCCAGACUUAAAUUCUACCUGUGAGAGUCUGAAAGUAAUCCCUGGGUUUUGGAUUAUUUUCAUGCAGAUUAUGCCGUUUUAUUCAAGUUUGUUGCUCCGUUUUGCACCUCCACAAUAAGAGUAAAGUGACAACCAGUACAUGAGGGGUUCUCUUGACAAAGUAGACUUCCUUGUGGUAACUUUUUUAAGUUUCUUUUUCUUACUAUAUCUGUCUACAGGCAGAUACAGAUAGAUGUAUGAAAAUGUGCUUGCCUGUAAAAUUUGCAUUUAUAAAUGUGUUGCCGAUGGAUCACUUGGGCCUGUACACAUACCAAUUAGCGUGACCACUUCCAUCUUAAAAACAAAUCUAAAAAUUUAUUAUAUAUAUAUAUAUAUAAAGGACUGUGGGUUGUAUACAAACUAUUGCAAACACUUGUGCAAAUCUGUCUUGAUAUAAGGAAAAGCAAAAUCUGUAUAACAUUAUUACUACUUGAAUGCCUCUGUGACUGAAUUUUUUUUCAUUUUAAAUAUAAACUUUUUUGUGAAAAGUAUGCUCAAUGUUUUUUUUUUCCUCUUUCCCCAUUCCCUUGUAAAUACAUUUCGUUCUAUGUGACUUGGUUUGGAAAUAGUUAACUGGUACUGUAAUUUGCAUUAAAUAAAAAGUAGGUUAGUCUGGAAAUGAAAUUAAAAUUCACAAGUGUGUGGUCUUUAUUUCAGUCCCACCCUCUUUCUUCACCCUACCUGUGUUGCCACUGUAAUAAUGUAGUCACAUCACCCCACCCCCCCUAGGGAAACAUGACUCUUUGUUACAAAAAUCAAGGCGUCACCAUCAUGUCUCGUUCUUUGAAAUAACCUUAACUCCACUGCAUAGCCACAAGAGGUGCAGCUUCCAGCGUGGAAACCUUUGGAUCUGAUACUGAGGAAGGGUUGCUGACACUGCUUUGAAAAAUAAAUAUCCCUGAAAGGGACAGUUGUAAAAAUGUGUAAAAGCUGCUGUCUUUUGAUUACUGUGUUCAUACUUUGGUGUAGCUGUAUUUUCUUUUAACUUUCAUCCUAUUAAUAAUGGUCUUUGGGGAGGGUCUCUGUAAAACAUGAACACCACAAACAGUGGGGCUGUACCUACCAGGUAACCAACACAUUGUGUUUGACUCUGCUCAUUUCCAAUACUGGAUGAUGUAUGUAAACAUGUUCUGUCUCUUAGUGCAAAAAGAAACAUCUUUUUUUUUUUUCAGGGCUGGCUUAAUUGUCAGGCCUAACCUAAAGGCUAGAUAAAAGGUCAUGUGACUGCUGCUUCAAUAAAAACAAAUUUAUAUUCGA